UUGGCGGGUUUGGCCAUGGCCGAGGCUCGGCCCGCGCGGGGGCCGUCGCUCCAGCUACUGGGGCUGAAGCUGCUGCUGCUGCUGCUGCUGCUGCUGCUGCUGCUAGGGGGCCCGGGCCAGGGGGCGGCUCUGAGCGGGAACAGGACCGGGCCUGGACACUGGAGCGGGAGAGCGAGCGGGGCCGAGACCGGGCCGCCCCCCUUGUUGAGCCACUGCGGCCGGGCAGCCCCUUGCGAGCCGCUGCGUUACAACGUGUGCCUGGGCUCGGCGCUGCCCUACGAGGCCACCUCCACGCUGCUGGCCGGGGACUCGGGCUCCCAGGAGGAGGCGCACGGCAAGCUCGUGCUCUGGUCCGGCCUUCGGAAUGCUCCCCGCUGUUGGGCAGUGAUCCAGCCCCUGCUCUGUGCUGUCUACAUGCCCAAGUGUGAGAAUGAUCGGGUGGAGCUGCCUAGCCGAACCCUGUGCCAGGCCACUCGGGGACCCUGCGCCAUUGUCGAGCGGGAACGGGGCUGGCCUGACUUCCUGAAAUGCACCCCAGACCACUUUCCAGAAGGCUGUCCAAAUGAGGUGCAAAACAUCAAGUUCAACAGCUCAGGACAAUGCGAGUCGCCCUUGGUCCGCACAGAUAACCCCAACAGCUGGUACGAGGAUGUGGAAGGCUGUGGGAUCCAGUGCCAGAACCCGCUCUUCACGGAGGCUGAACACCAAGACAUGCACAACUAUAUCGCUGCCUUUGGCGCCGUCACUGGCCUCUGCACCUUCUUCACCCUGGCCACAUUUGUUGCUGACUGGAAGAAUUCGAAUCGAUACCCUGCUGUCAUCCUCUUUUAUGUCAAUGCUUGCUUCUUUGUGGGUAGCAUCGGCUGGCUGGCCCAGUUCAUGGAUGGUGCCCGACGGGAGAUUGUUUGCAGAGCUGAUGGUACCAUGCGGCUGGGGGAGCCCACCUCCAACGAAACCCUGUCCUGUGUCAUCAUCUUCGUCAUUGUAUACUACGCGCUUAUGGCGGGCGUGGUCUGGUUUGUGGUGCUCACCUAUGCUUGGCACACCUCCUUCAAGGCCCUGGGUACCACCUACCAGCCCCUCUCUGGCAAGACCUCCUAUUUCCACCUGCUCACCUGGUCACUGCCAUUUGUUCUCACCGUGGCCAUUCUUGCUGUGGCCCAGGUGGAUGGGGAUUCAGUGAGUGGCAUCUGUUUCGUGGGCUACAAGAAUUACCGUUACCGAGCUGGCUUCGUGUUGGCCCCGAUUGGUCUGGUGCUUAUUGUUGGAGGUUAUUUCCUCAUCCGAGGAGUUAUGACUCUCUUCUCUAUCAAAAGCAAUCACCCUGGGUUACUGAGUGAGAAGGCAGCUAGCAAGAUCAACGAAACCAUGCUGCGUCUGGGCAUUUUUGGCUUUCUAGCCUUUGGCUUUGUGCUCAUCACCUUCAGCUGCCAUUUCUAUGACUUCUUCAACCAGGCCGAGUGGGAGCGAAGCUUCCGGGACUAUGUGCUGUGCCAAGCCAACGUGACUAUCGGGCUGCCAACCAAGAAGCCAAUUACUGAUUGUGAGAUCAAGAAUCGUCCCAGCCUUCUGGUGGAAAAGAUCAACUUGUUUGCCAUGUUUGGCACUGGUAUUGCCAUGAGCACUUGGGUCUGGACAAAGGCUACUCUACUCAUCUGGAGACGUACCUGGUGCAGGUUGACUGGGCAGAGUGAUGAUGAACCCAAACGAAUCAAGAAAAGCAAGAUGAUUGCCAAGGCUUUCUCUAAACGACGGGAGUUACUACAGAAUCCAGGCCAAGAACUCUCCUUCAGCAUGCAUACUGUGUCCCAUGAUGGGCCUGUGGCCGGUUUGGCCUUUGAUCUCAAUGAGCCCUCAGCUGAUGUCUCCUCUGCCUGGGCCCAACACGUCACCAAAAUGGUGGCCCGAAGGGGAGCUAUCCUGCCCCAGGAUGUGUCAGUCACUCCUGUAGGGACUCCAGUACCCCCAGAAGAACAAGCUAACAAGUGGCUGGUUGAGGCAGAGAUCUCCCCAGAGCUACAGAAACGCCUGGCAAGGAAGAAGAAGAGAAGGAAGAGGAAGAAAGAGGUGUGCCCUCUGGCACCAGCCACGGAGCUUUGCCAUCCUGUCCCUGCGCCUAGUGCAGUGCCCCGCCUGCCUCAGCUACCCCGGCAGAAGUGCCUGGUGGCAGGGCCCUGGGGAGCAGGGGAGACCCAUCGACAUGGGGCCUGGACCCUCGUCUCCAACCCUUUCUGUCCAGAGCCAAACUCUCUCCAAGAUCCAUUUCUGCCAACUCCGCCAGGCCCUGUGGCCUGGGCUCAGGGUCGUCGGCCUUGUCUAGCCCCCAUUCAUUCCCGUACCAACUUAAUGGAGGCUGAGUUACUAGAUGCUGACUCAGAUUUCUGAACCUGGGAGAGCAGGACCUGGGUUGAGGGUGGGGGUAAGUGGCAAAUGGGAAGAAGUAAACUCUGGUUCCCUGACUCCAUCAGGCCAGGGCCAGGAAUAGGCAGCUUUUUCUCCCUUCCCUUUUGCCUGUUCCCCAAGGCAUCUCUUAUUCCCAGAGACCCCGAAGGCCCAGUACCCUCCCAAGGGAGUUAUUUAUCUCUGGCUCAGGAUAGCAGAACUGUGGGAAAGAGGCCCGGCUAGCUAGAUUUCCAUGGCAGAACUGCUCUGGUUCUCAAAACUGCCCAUUACCUGGUGGGUUUUUCUUUGGGGCAGAAAUCGAUAGCCAAAGGCCCUCAUUUCCCCCCCAGCCAAGCAGGAAUUGGGCUGAGGACAAACAGUACCUGAAAGAGUGGUGAUAAUACCCAUUGCCUGGUAUGCUGGCAAUAAAGGUACCAGGCAGGAGAGAGGCAACGGUGCCUGUAGAGCUAGGCCUAAGAAAGAAACAGAGCCUGCAGCUCUGAGCCGAGAGACCCUCCAGUCUCAAAGGCAAAACCCUACUUCUCAGCAGCUGUCAGACAAGAAGGCUGAAGCUAGGAAUGAUAGUGUUCACCCAAUUUUGUGUCCUGGCCUCUUGUCUGAAAUGGGACAGGCAGUUCCCUUCUUCCCUUUUGAAGCAUGAAAUGGGGAAGAGGAUUGAUGGCCCCAUUCCUGAAAGGCCAGAGUGUCCUUUAGCAAGGGCCCCACAGGUUUUACUGAUGACCUGUAUUUUAACCUUUUCUCCCCCGUCUUUUCCCUACCCUUCUACUCCUACCGGGCAAAUUCAUUCUUAUCUUCUCUUUGACUUGUGUUGUUUUUUUCCUCUCCCUAUUAUAUUUGCUUAGCACUCAGAGCUAUAUUCUGAAGCUCUGGCUAGUCACCUCUUUGCCCUUUACUUGUAGGCCCCAUCUCCAGGAGAGACAUUGGUUCAGCAAUGGGGUCUCAAGCUAUGGGUAUGAACAUUGGAUCAAGAAGGAAAGUGGUGGGUUAUCCUUUAUGCCUCCAAGGGACAAAUGCCAUCUCCAUUCUUGAUCCAUCCCCUGAGAAGUGGAGCCAUUGUUCUGAGGGUCCGCUAGGGGGAACUACUCCAGAGGGGCAGAUGUUGCCCUUCCCACCGACACAACCUGAGUACGGGUGUUUAUCUCCCUACUGUUUUAACCUAUGGUACCAUUUCUUCCCAUUCCCCGUCCGCCCUCUUCCCAAAAGUCAGGCAGGAGAAAGCCUUUGAAGCUUGUUGGGUUCUAGGCCAGGGCCAUGGGGAUUUGGGUGAAGGAAUAGAAA